AUGAAUUGGACGGGAGGGCAGCUACGUCGACAUUCUGCUCGCCAGAGCAUCCUGUCCAAGACUCAGAAGCAGAACUUUGCCAGAUCCCGGCAGCAGGCCAGCAACAGAGUGCCUGGCCAGCCCUCGACCUUUCGCGGGGUUCCAGGCCCGAAUAUUGGCGAUAAUGAUAGGCUGGAUGAUAAGACGGCUUGCAGGGAUAGGCAGAUGAUAGAGGAAGAUGCGCAAAACCACACUACACUCCCGAGUCUGCGUCCAUUGGCCGGGUCUGUUUCCGCUGACAGCACUUUGCAUCUGGAUACCUUGAAGCGUCGACUCCUCCAAGACCCCGACUGGGCAGCAGUUUCCGCAGCACGUCCGCUUGAAGUCACAUUCGCCUCAGCUCAAGACGCAGAGCGCUUCGGGAAGCGACGGAGGUUGACUGAAACAGACCGAAAGCGUUUGUCAGCUACUCAUGGGAAUCAGAGGACACUUGCAUUUCCCAAGUCCGAUGACUGGAGAGAAAAUGAAAAUGCCUUAGACCGGAUUCAAAUCAGAAUCACCGGCCAGCCUGGCAGCCAACACUUACAAAAUGGUCAAGGUCUACAGACACCCCCGAAUAGACAUGCGAAUCAUGAUUUGUCGCAAAUUCCAGGUCUAUACAGGCCCAGACUCUCAGCUAAUGCACGAUGCAGCGCCCACCUGAGGUCGGACCCCUCUUCCACCGUGGCCCCUCCUUCUACGAAAGCACUCGUCCCACACAGGCGACACGUCGUGGUCAAGAACCAGGUUCUCCAAGAACAAAUGGGCUGCGGCCCGCACCUCCUCCCAUCACAACCGAGGCAGCGUGAAGCUUCUUGUAGUCCCACCGAAACACUACAGUAUGUCCCAGGCUGGCACAACCACCUCAGAGCCAACCCCUUUUUGCCAGUUGAAAAAUAA